AUGCUCCUUUUAUUCCACACACCGGCUGCAGCCGUCUUCCGUUGUCGGUAUCCAAGUAAAAUCCCAGGCAUUCUCAGCUCUCAGAAUAUCGUAGCUCCUGACCCUCAUAAACAGGUCCUUCGUCAAAUGCAGCAAGCUACUGUUCUUUUCAGUGGAAAUCCCAGCAUUUCUCAGCUCUCAAAUAUCGUAGCUCCUGACCCUCAUAAACAGGUCCUUCGUCAAAUGCAGGUAGGCAACCUCGUGACGAUGGCUAUUUUGGACCACAAGAAAAUCCUUUUCCAGCAACUACUGUUCUCUUUAGUGGAAAUCCCAGCAUUCUCUCAGCUCUCAAAUGUCGUAGCUCCUGACCCUCAUAAACAGGUCGACACAGAUGGGUAA